UGGUCACCCUGCUGCAUGGGGCACAGCCCCGACAGAGAAUCCUUUUCCUGAGUCAGCCAUCUGGGGAGAGUUUUGAGCUGCAAAUGGGCAUCUUUCACUGAGAAAGGAGCUCCUACACGCUUCUUUUACCAACAAUACCGGUAACCACAGGAGAAAAAAGAAGAAAGUAGGAGCGAGGGGAAGAAAACAACAAAAGAAUUUUGCAAAUCCUUCUGAUCUGGAGCACCAGGCAUAAAGCAACAAGGAAAAUACUGAAUGAUUAGGGAUGCUGUAUAUAAGAAACCCAAGAGGACUGGGUGAUGGGGCAUGUCUGGAUGCUGUUAGUUCAUCUGCAUGUAAACAAGAGAACUUCAGCUUAUUCCCCCACUACGUACUGCAAACAAAUUACCCAUCAGCAGCUUUCAAGAUGACAAGAAUUUUGACAGCUUGCAAAGUGGUGAAGACUUUGAAAGGCAAAUUGAAGUUUUGCAAUAUGUCUGCUGAUCACUGGAGUUUCUCAAGGACAGGUCCCAGGCUGUUGAGCAUCAAGGCGCAGACAGCGAACUUGGUGCUGGAAGAUGGGACGAAGAUGAAGGGCUAUUCUUUUGGCUAUCCAUCCUCCACAGCAGGGGAAGUUGUAUUCAACACUGGGCUCUCUGGAUACACCGAAGCCUUGACAGAUCCCAGCUACAAAGGACAGAUUCUUGCCCUGGCUAACCCCAUAGUUGGGAAUGUUGGAGUGCCUGACACAGCCACUUUGGAUGAAAUGGGCCUCAAGAGGUUUCUGGAGUCUGAUGGGAUCAAGGUUUCAGGUUUGCUGGUGCUGGACUACAGCAAAGAGUACAGCCACUGGCAAGCUGCUAGGAGCCUGGGGGAAUGGUUGCAAGAGGAACAGGUGCCUGCACUGUAUGGGAUUGAUACUAGAAUGCUGUCCAAAUUAAUUCGUGACAAGGGCACAGUACUUGGGAAGAUUGAAUUUGAAGGUCAACCUGUGGAGUUUGCAGACCCAAAUAAACAAAACUUAAUUGCAGAAGUUUCUACAAAGGAAGUCAAAGUUUAUGGCAGAGGGAAUCCAAUUAAAGUUGUAGCUGUCGACUGUGGGUUGAAGCACAACAUUAUCCGUCUGCUAGUUAAGCGAGGUGCAGAAGUACAUUUAGUUCCAUGGGAUCAUGAUUUCACCAGCAUGGACUACGAUGGGCUCAUAAUUUCUGGGGGACCAGGGGAUCCCAUGAAGGCCCAGGAGGUGAUUCAGAAUGUCAGAAAGGUUCUGGAGAGUGAUCGCCCAGAGCCCCUGUUUGGAAUUAGCAUGGGGCAUCUAAUCACUGGAAUAGCAGCUGGAGCUACUUCCUACAAGAUGCAGAUGGCCAACAGAGGCCAGAACCAGCCCGUGCUGAAUGCAGUGAAUGGGCAGGCUGUCAUCACUGCUCAGAACCACGGCUAUGCCAUUGACAGCUCUACCCUCUCCUCUGGCUGGAAGCCUCUCUUUGUGAACGCCAAUGACCAAACCACUGAGGGAAUUAUGCAUGAGACCAGACCAAUUUUCACAGCACAGUUCUAUCCAGAUGCAAAUCCUGGGCCAAGGGACACAGAGUUCCUUUUUGAUUCUUUUAUUUCCCUGGUUAAGAGUGGGAAAGGCAGUACCAUUUCCUCAGUUCUGCCCAGGGCUGGAGUGACUGCUUCCAGAGUAGAGGUCUCCAAAGUUCUCAUUCUAGGAUCCGGGGGUCUGUCAAUUGGUCAGGCAGGGGAAUUUGAUUACUCUGGAUCCCAGGCUGUAAAAGCCAUGAAGGAAGAAAAUGUGAAAAUUGUCCUCAUGAAUCCCAAUAUUGCUUCAGUGCAGACCAAUGAGACUGGCUUAAAGCAGGCUGAUGCUGUCUACUUCCUCCCCAUCACUCCACAGUUUGUCAUAGAGGUCAUCAAGGCUGAGCGUCCCGAUGGAAUAAUUCUGGGCAUGGGUGGCCAGACUGCUCUCAACUGUGGAGUGAAACUCUUCAAGCAAGGAGUCCUGCAGCAGUAUGGUGUGAAGGUUCUAGGUACAUCAGUUGAAUCCAUCAUGGCUACAGAGGAUAGAAAGCUCUUUUCUGAUAAACUGACUGAGCUAAAUGAAAAGAUUGCUCCUAGCUUUGCAGUGGAAUCGGUUGAAGAGGCUCUGAAGGCAGCUGAAAACAUUUGCUUCCCAGUCAUGAUACGUUCUGCCUAUGCCCUUGGUGGUCUGGGGUCAGGCAUAUGUCCUGAUAAGGAAAGUUUGCUGGACCUUGGUACAAAGGCAUUUGCAAUGACUAACCAAAUUCUGGUGGAAAAGUCAGUCGUUGGCUGGAAGGAGAUAGAAUAUGAAAUUGUGAGAGAUGCUGCUGAUAACUGUAUUGCUGUCUGCAAUAUGGAAAACAUUGAUGCUAUGGGAGUCCACACAGGAGAUUCUGUUGUAGUGGCUCCAAGCCAGACACUCACUAAUGAGGAGUUUCAGAUGCUGAGGGAUCGUGCCAUCAAAGUUGUCCGACAUUUGGGCAUUGUGGGAGAGUGUAAUAUCCAGUUUGCUCUGCAUCCAACUUCCCUGGAGUACUACAUUAUUGAAGUUAAUGCCAGACUCUCAAGAAGUUCAGCUUUGGCCUCCAAGGCGACAGGGUAUCCAUUAGCCUUCAUUGCUGCCAAAAUUGCCCUGGGGAUUCCCUUGCCAGAAAUCAAGAACUUUGUGACAGGAAAAACCUCUGCCUGCUUUGAGCCCAGCCUUGAUUACAUUGUUACCAAAAUACCCCGCUGGGAUUUGGACCGUUUUCAGCAUACAUCCAACCGGAUUGGAAGCUCCAUGAAGAGUGUGGGGGAGGUCAUGGCUAUUGGACGCACUUUUGAAGAGAGCUUUCAAAAGGCCCUGAGGAUGUGCCACCCCUCAGUAGAUGGCUUCACUUCACGUCUGCCUAUGAAUAAAGCCUGGCCAGCCAUCGUAGAUCUCCAGAAGGAGCUUUCUGAGCCAACCAGCACUCGAAUAUAUGCAAUAGCCAAGGCCUUGGAUAACAAAGUCCCUGUGGAUGUCAUUCACAAACUCACAGCCAUUGACAAGUGGUUCCUGUAUAAGAUGCACAGCAUUCUGAACAUGGAGAAGAUCCUGAAGGAAGUGAACAGUGAAACAGUUCCAGAGGAGACACUGAGAAGAGCCAAACAGAUGGGGUUCUCCGACAAACAGAUUGGGAAAUGCCUGAGGUUGAGUGAAGCCCAGUGCCGUCAGCUGAGGCUGAGGAAGAACAUAGUGCCCUGGGUGAAACAGAUUGACACACUGGCAGCAGAAUACCCAGCAGUGACUAAUUACCUCUACAUCACGUACAACGGGCAGGAACAUGAUGUAAAAUUUGAUGACUGUGGAGUGAUGGUGUUGGGCUGUGGACCAUAUCACAUAGGCAGUAGCGUGGAGUUUGACUGGUGUGCUGUUUCCAGUAUCCGCACGCUGCGUCAGCUUGGCAACAGGACUGUCGUGGUGAAUUGCAACCCGGAGACAGUGAGCACAGAUUUUGAUGAGUGUGACAGACUGUACUUUGAGGAGCUGUCAUUGGAAAGGAUCUUGGACAUCUACCAAUAUGAGGGGUGCAGUGGCUGCAUUAUUUCAGUAGGAGGGCAGAUUCCCAAUAACUUGGCAGUGCCACUUCACCAGAGUGGAGUGAAGAUCCUUGGCACAAAUGCUCUGCAGAUUGACCAGGCAGAAGAUCGCUCCAUAUUCUCAGCUGUUCUGGAUGAGCUGCAUGUGGCCCAGGCUCCCUGGAAGGCUGUGAACACACUGAGAGACGCAGUUGAAUUUGCAAGCUCAGUGAGUUACCCAUGUUUACUGAGGCCCUCCUAUGUUCUGAGUGGGUCCUCAAUGAAUGUGGUAUUCACUGAAGAGGAAAUGAAGAAUUUGUUAGCAGAAGCCACCAGAGUCUCUCAGGAUCACCCUGUGGUGCUCACUAAAUUUAUUGAAAAUGCCCGUGAGGUGGAAAUGGAUGCUGUAGCUAAGGCAGGAAGAGUUAUUUCCCAUGCUAUUUCGGAGCAUGUGGAGGAUGCAGGUGUUCACUCUGGAGAUGCCACCCUCAUGUUACCCACACAGACCAUUAGCCAGGGAGCCUUGGAAAAGGUAAAAUCUGCUACAAAAAAAAUUGCAAAUGCCUUUGCCAUCUCUGGUCCGUUCAACAUCCAGUUCUUGGUGCGAGGUAACGAUGUGCUGGUGAUAGAGUGCAACUUGCGGGCUUCACGUUCCUUCCCCUUUGUAUCGAAGACUCUGGGCGUGGACUUCAUUGAUGUGGCCACUAAAGUGAUGAUAGGAAAAGAGGUUAAUGAGUCAUCCCUCCCCACGUUGGAACAUCCUAUUAUUCCAUCCAAAUAUGUUGGGAUUAAGGCUCCAGUGUUCUCCUGGUCCCGGCUGAGAGAUGCUGACCCUGUUCUCCGAUGUGAAAUGGCCUCUACUGGGGAGGUUGCAUGCUUUGGGGAGAAUGUGUAUUCUGCUUUCCAGAAGGCUAUGCUUGCCACAGGGUUUACAUUUCCUAAGGAAGGAAUUUUGAUUGGAAUCCAGAAGUCCUUCCGCCCCAGGUUCCUCAGCAUAGCAGAACUAUUGCAUGAGGAAGGGUUCAAGCUUUAUGCCACAGAAGGAACCUCAUCCUGGCUCAAUGCUAAUGGUAUCCCAGCAAAUCCUGUGGCAUGGCCAUCACAGGAAAGCCAGAGUUCAAGCCUCCCUCCCAUCAGGAGGCUGGUGAGGGAUGGGAAAAUAGAUCUGGUGAUUAACCUUCCCAACAGCAACACCAAGUUUGUCCAUGAUAAUUAUGUGAUUCGGAGGAUGGCUAUUGACAGCGGGAUUGCUCUUCUCACUAACUUCCAGGUGACAAAACUUUUUGCUGAAGCUGUCAAAUACUCUGGGAAAUUGGACUUCAGGAGUCUCUUCCACUACAGACAGUUUGAUAAUGGAAACACUUCAUAGAAGAACUCUCUCCAACCUGCAAGCUUUCUGCUUCUGGCACCACAAAAGAGAGGGGAUCUCAGAUCAUCCGACUAGUCAUCUUUUCAUGCAUUUUGUAGCAUCUGCACCAAUUGCUUUUCCAGCUCACACAAAUUAAUUUCUAGCCAAUACUUUUGCCUGCUCACUGGAAAGCCAUCCUCUCCCUAGUCUCUCCACUGUCUUCUCCAUAUUUCCACAUAGGAUCAAAUACUGGUUUCUUACUAGAUGGGUAGAUCCAGACACCACCAUAGCAGAGAAGAUGAAAAGAAACACAAGUGAUCCUACAUAGGAGUUGUUCCUUCUUUUCAUAAACAAGCCUUCUCCUUCUUAGAAAUGCCUUCCUUGGAUCCAUACUCCCAGCUAUUCGCAUGCUGGACUACUAGAGUCUGGCCCCAAACUCCCAUAGAAAGACAUGGAGCUUUCUCUUUCCAUUGCUGAUUAUUGGAGAUUUUAUGACUGUAAAAAUAAAAUGUUUUCCUGCUUGGUCCACCUGAUGACAUCAUGGAUGCCUGUCACAGUGUUGAGUAUGAUCAGAGCUCUUUAAAGACAGAUAAACACAAAUUCCCCACGAUUCCCUGUCUGCAACAGCAGACAGGCAUGAUGCAACUGCUUUUUGUUUGGUUUUUAACCCUGAAGAAUCAUCUUUUUCAGCAUGCAGAUUUGAUGGGAGAAGGCUGCAUGUAUGUGCCCUGGAAUUGCUUCCAAGUUCUCCUCAGUCCUUCAGGCUAUUAUCACUAUUAUUUUUUUAAUUCUAGUUCAAUGUUGUGAAUUCAGGUGGCUGUCCCUGUAUCAUAAAGGCUCUCUCUCAGCUUUGUGUCUGGCUUCAAAAGUGGAGAACUCCCCAGAGACUUUUGUGUGUUGCUGUCUAACAUUUUAUGCCAUGAUUGUGGGCAUUAAAAUCGAAUCCAUUUAAAAUGAAGUGUUGCAGUGCUUUACCUCUCCUGGUUAAGUGACCCCUUCACC